GACCGCGCGAUUUUUUGAUCAGAGCAUAGUUCCACAUUCACGUGCCUCAGACGCCACACACGCACACACACACCAGGUCAGGCGGAGAGUGAGUGAGUGCCGCGAGAGAAUCGCAGUUUUUGGAUGUUUCGGGGACGCAUCUGCAGGACGGCGGGUGGGGGUUACUAUCCCACCUUAAAUUCCUCCUCAUUCACUCACUCACUCGCUCACUGCGCGACCUGUAUCCCCCGCCCCUACGACUAGCCGAAGCUGCUUCUGCUGCCAGGCAACACUGAGAAUACGGAAGGAGAGUGUUGGAGUGCUGUGGGAGGCGUGAGGGCCGUGACGACGGAGAUAGCAAUGGUCUAGUGUGAACGAAGCCGUUUUGUUUUUUGCUUUUGGCCUGAGUUGUCUUGUGUUAAGGGCGGGGGCCGUAGCGUGGUACUUCUAACGAGAGAGGUUCACAUUAUGGUUGGUUGGCUUGCUGCUCUUGGAGACAGUUUGUUGGACGUGAGAGACGGUGAGUGAUGUGGCUUGUCAUUCCAGAGGUGUACACGAAUUCGGCAAUGGAGGCAGGCAGCGUGAGCAAUGGUUGCAGAAUCAACUUUUCACGAAUUGGAAAGGAUUUCUUCAUAAUGGCGAGGUGUCCGUGAAGCGCUUACGCUGGGGUGCGUGACGUCCUGCUAUCAUGUUUCAACGGAAAUCGGAAUGGUUGCAUUUGACAAAUUCUUCAUAUCGGUGAAGAAAUCUCAAUGGGAAGUGUAUCUAAGCUAUCGUCAAUGGCAGCUUUUCAAAUUGAAGAUCCUUGGAGAUGGUUUUGUGGUGCCAGCAAAUCACCGUCCGAUGAAGCUCCGUCUUGCUCGAAGAGCAUUCACCUCGUUGGAUUAAUGAAUGUAUAUUCUAGGGCUCCAGAAUCAGUAUCUUCCACAUGUAUUCAGCAUGGCAUUGUGUGCUUUGGCCAGAUUCUCCUGCUUUUCGUCUUCUUCAUCCUUCUCGCCACCUCAAACAGCAUUCCCCCAGGUGCCUUGACUGGCGCCGACUUCAUCUCGACUUUCGAAGUAGGCUCCAUUUUGUACAAUGUCACUUCCGUCCUCUCUGGGCUCGUUGGAGUAGCACACGUUGUGGUUGGAAUGUACCUCUACUCUAGAGUAGAUUUCCUCGCUACACAUGAGGAGCUGUACUUGUUGGUGCAAGGGCUAGCCUGGUUCACCAUCGCCAUUUCCUUGCGAAUCAGGCUACGGAAUCCAACCAAGCAAGUCGCGUACGUGUGGUGGAUACUCACAUUCCUGCUCACAAGCCUAACCGGAGUUCUCAUUCUUAUCAACCUUAAUAGUCGCGUCACCAUUCCUUUGCUCGAGCUUUUCCUAGUAGUGGCGUCGUGGCCUGUGGCUUGUCUCCUCUUAGCAUGCUCUAUUCGGGGCGAGAGAUGGAUAGCUCUUGAGCCGGAGGUACAGCAACAAGAUGGUCUCACUGAGCCUCUCCUCAUCGGUGUUGCAGCAAACCGACCUAGAGAGGUGAAGAACACUGAGGAAUCAUUCUAUGCAACUGCAAGCCCAUUUAGUGCUUUGAUAUUCAAGUGGUUGGAUCCUUUCCUUGCUCUUGGAUACAAACGCCCUUUGGGGCUCAAAGAUGUUCCCUACUUGAACAAAGACCUUCAAGCACAGAGUGCUGUGCAGAAGUUUCUCGCGGCGUGGAACUCGCAAAAAGAACGUCACCCACAGGAGGAGCAGUCUGUGUUUUGGGCGCUUGCUACUGUGUAUUGGAAGACGAUGGCAUUUAAUGGUUUCUGUGCUCUGGGGAAGACAUUAACCCUUGCUUCGGGACCCAUUUUUCUCCAUUUUUUUAUCAAAUUUGAAGGUGGUGAGAGGUUGUUUAAGUAUGAGGGGUAUGCUCUUGUAGCAGCUCUCUUUUUCAGCAAGGUUUUGGAGUCUAUUUUUCAACGACACUGGUAUGCCGGAGCUAGGAUGGUGGGAAUGGAGCUGAGGUCUGGUCUUAUUGCUCUCAUUUAUGAAAAGCAGCUCAGGUUAUCCAACACGAGUCGGGCAAGCUAUGCGGCUGGUGAGGUUGUGAACUAUGUGUCAGUGGAUUGCUACAGGCUGGGUGAAUUCCCUUGGUACUUUCACCAAAUUUGGACCACCCCACUCCAACUUAUGCUUGCAUCUGUUAUAUUGUUCUAUUCUCUUGGGUUAGCCGCAUUCGCUGGAUUGGCAGUGAUUGGCAUCACAAUGGUGCUAAACAUUCCAUUGGCACGAGUUCUCCAGAGGUACGAAGUCAAACUAAUGGGAUCUCAAGAUGAGCGGGUCAGAGCUUCGACUGAAAUACUGAAUGGUAUCAAGGUUAUAAAGCUCCAGGCAUGGGAGGAUUAUUUCAAAAUGAAGAUGAUGAAGCUGCGUGAAAAUGAGUUUCAAUGGAUAUCAAUCUCAAACAAAGCACGGUCGCUGGGUACAAUCUUGUCCUGGAUGGCACCCGUCCUUGUUUCUUCUCUCAGCUUUGGGGCUUACGUUUUUCUCGGCCACAACCUUUCUCCUGCUGUAGUCUUCACCUCCCUCUCUGUUUUCCGCAUCAUCCAGGAUUACAUCCGUUUGGUUCCUGAUCUUCUUGCGAUCAUCAUCCAGGCUCAAGUCUCCCUCGGUCGGAUUGGAAGCUUCUUGAGCGCCGAUGAGCUGGACAACUACGUGGAGAAAACAGAAAACGCUUCAUAUGCAGUUGAGAUGCAUGAUGUAACUCUCAGCUGGCAACCUGGGGCGAAGGUUAAGCCAACUCUGCGUCAUAUUAACUUCACUGUUAAGCCAGGAGACCACGUGGCUGUCUGUGGGACGGUCGGGUCAGGGAAGUCGACGCUGUUGUAUUCUAUCAUGGGAGAAAUUCCAAAAGUUUCUGGAAGGAUAAUGGUAUCAGGGAAGAUUGCAUACGUUUCCCAAUCAGCAUGGAUCCAUGGCGGCACUAUACAGGAGAAUGUCCUCUUUGGACUCCCAAUGGAUUCCAUGCGCUAUCGUUCAUCACUGACUGCGUGUGCGUUAGUCCAAGACAUAGCUCAAUUUUCUUUAGGGGAUCAAACGGAAAUCGGAGAAAAGGGUAUCAACCUGAGUGGAGGCCAGAAGCAACGAAUUCAGUUGGCAAGGGCUGUGUACGCCGAUGCUGAUAUUUACUUACUGGACGAUCCAUUUAGUGCACUUGAUGCACGUACUGCUGCCAUGCUCUUUAAGGAUUGUUUGAUGGGUGCGCUGCGGAAGAAGACCGUCAUCCUUAUCACACAUCAAGUCGAAUUUCUUCAUGCUGUCGAUCUCAUUCUGGUUAUGGAAGGAGGUGAGAUAACAGAAUCGGGAAAGUUUGACGCUCUUCUUGAAGAGGGCCGUGGUUUCAAGCAACUCGUGAACGCAUAUGAAGAUGCCAUGGGCACUGUCUACCGCGAUAUCGACGAUAAUGUGAAGGAAGAACUUGGGAUAGACGAGUCGAAGCUGAACGGAUCCGAAUCUAAAGGUGAGGUGAUUUUGAGAGAGUUAAGCCGAGCAAGGUCAAGGAUGGGCUCUCAAAGGGGAAGAGAGCCCCCAGUCGAAGUCGCUGCAUCACAAUUGACGCAGCAAGAAGAGCGUGAAAUUGGUGACCAAGGGUGGUUCAUCUACCUUGAGUACAUCCGCGUAGCCAAGGCUUGGUUGUUGUUCUGGCUGGGAAUUAUCUCCCAAGGAGUCUUCGUUUUGAGCCAAGUUGGAGCAAACUACUGGUUGGCAACCAGAGUGACUGACCCUAACACAAGUGAUGCCAAGAUUAUUGGCGUGUACUCAUCUAUAUCCAUCGUCAAUGGAAUUUUCGUGUUCUUGAGGUCGCGGAUUACUGUUUAUCUGGGUUUAUGUGCAUCAACCAACUUCUUUCGAUCGUUGAUUGAGUGCUUGUUCCGAGCUCCCAUGCUGUUUUUUGACUCAACUCCCAUGGGAAGAAUUCUUGCUAGGAUGUCAUCUGACAUGAGAAUGGUGGAUAUUGACAUCCCCAUUGCUUUUGAGUUCGUCUCUCAAACCGGCAUCGAAAUUACAGGUGUAAUUACAAUAAUCGCCAUCGUCACAUACCAAUUUCUUAUCGUCGCUCUUCCCCUACUCCUUGUGGUUAGAUGGUUACAGAGAUAUUAUUUGACUUCUGCACGUGAGCUGAUGCGAAUGAACGGCACCACAAAGGCAGCAAUUGUAAAUCAUUUUAGCGAGACAAUUAGCAGUGCAGUGAUAAUUCGUGCUUUUGAGAAAGUUGCUCAAUUUAAGAAGAAAAAUUUGGAGCUGGUUAAUGUUGAUGCCAGUAUUUUUUUCCAUACUUUCAUUGCGCACGAAUGGCUUGUCCUGCGAUUGGAAACAUUAUGUGCAGUGAUUUUGGCAUCAUCUGCCUUACUUAUGGUUGCCCUGCCCUCGGAUGCUGGUGGUGGUGGAUUUGGGGGACUAGCACUCAUACACGGUUUGACAUUGAAUUCUGUUUUAGUGUUCUUCAUUCAGUGUGUUUGCCAGCUGGCAAACAAUAUCACUUCUGUUGAGCGUAUCCGGCAAUACAUGAAAAUUGAGAACGAGGCUCCUGCCAUAAUUGAAGAAUGUCGUCCUGCUCCUAGUUGGCCAAAUGAAGGCAAAGUGGAGCUGGAGAACUUGCAGAUUCGACAUAGUCCUGGAGCUCCUCUUGUUUUGAAGGGUAUUACAUGUACUUUUCAGGGAGGACAGCAAGUGGGUAUUGUUGGUCGGGUCGGUUCCGGAAAGACCACACUUAUUAGCGCUUUGUUCCGCCUGGUGGAACCCGCUGGAGGGCGCAUUCUUAUCGACGGGCUUGACAUCACGAGCAUUGGUCUCCGUGACUUGCGAUCUCGUUUGGGUAUCAUUCCUCAAGAGCCUAUUCUCUUCCAUGGAACUGUGCGGUCAAAUUUGGAUCCUCUCGGCGAACAUGAAGACAGGGAUAUUUGGAAUGUAUUGGAAAAGUGUCAACUAGCAGAUGUUAUCCGGUUCAUGCCUGAGAAGCUCGACCUGCGAGUAACUGAUGACUGGAGUGUUGGUCAAAGGCAACUCUUCUGUCUCGGGCGGGCACUGUUAAAGCAUAGCCGCAUCCUUAUCGUUCAUGAAGCCACAGCAUCUAUUGAUUCCAACGCUGACGGAGUCAUUCAGAAGUUGAUCCAAUAUGACUUCAAGGAUUGCACGGUGGUCACUGUGGCCCACCGGAUUCCAACUGUCGUUGACAGUGAUAUGGUGUUGGUUCUUGCUGAUGGGGCGUUGGUGGAGUACGAUACCCCACUUCGGCUUCUCAAUAACUCCAAUUCCUUGUUUGCGAAACUUGUGAAUGAGUAUUGGAAAAACUCCCAAUUUUAGGUGUGGGUUCUGAUGAGAACUGCCGAAUGCUAACCGAGGGUUUUUGAGCCUAUUUGAGGGCCAAUGACCUUGUAUUUAUGCCAUUUGUAAAGCCCUACUACAAAUUACGCUUUUAGUAGAAUUAGCAUCGUAGUUAUCCUGGCACGAUCAAUUAUUAAAUUGUAAUCGGCAUAGAUGGACCAAGUUUGUUGCAGAAGUGCUUGCAACCUGAGUAGACAAGAACACAACUGCUUAUUGUAACACUAUUUCAAUAGAUCUGAGACCAUGAUGCCAUUCUGCCAAUCGCUCACUGGUAGUCUGGGUCAUUUGAGUUGUACCUGCCUGUUUCAGAUAACUUUGUAUCGGAAGAGAAUACGUUUUUUACCAGA